CGCAGACGCCCGGAGACGGAGGGCGGGCGCCACGAACCGGGCCGCGGGCGGGAGCGCGCACGCCGCUCCCCGCCGCUCCCCGCCGCCGCCCGGAGCUGUCUCGGCCUCAGGUACCUGCAGAUGGUGUCCCUUGUCAUUGGUGCCCAGCGCCUGCCAGGCUAAUUCAUGGUCGCUUCCCGGGAUGGCAGCAACGUGACUUCGCCUGAGGAUGACCCUGACUGAACGGCUGCGUGAGAAGAUUUCUCAGGCCUUCUACAGCCACGGGCUGUUCUGUGCCUCCUACCCGGUCCCCAUCGUCCUCUUCACAGGCCUCUGCAUCUUGGCCUGCUGCUACCCGCUGCUGAAGCUGCCCCUGCCGGGCACCGGCCCCGUGGAGUUUGCCACCCCGGUGAAGGACUACACCCCACCCAGCACCGGCCCCGACCGCCAGCCGGGGGAGCCCAGCGAGCGGCCUGAGUGGUACAUGGGUGCCCCAGUGGCUUACAUCCAGCAGAUAUUCGUGAAGACCUCAGUGUCACCCUGGCAUAAGAACCUCCUGGCAGUAGAUGUGUUCCGCUCCCCCCUGUCCCGGGCGUUCCAGCUGGUGGAGGAGAUCCGGAACCAUGUGCUUCGAGACAGCUCUGGGACCAGGAGUCUGGAGGAGGUAUGCCUGCAGGUGACCGACCUGCUGCCAGGCCUUAGGAAACUCCGGAACCUGCUCCCUGAGCAUGGCUGCCUGCUGCUGUCCCCGGGGAACUUCUGGCAGAAUGAGCGGGAGCGCUUCCACGCCGACCCUGACAUCAUCGGGACCAUCCACCAGCACGAGCCCAAGACGCUGCAGACUUCCACCACGCUCAAGGACUUGCUGUUUGGUGUUCCCGGGAAGUACAGCGGGGUGAGCCUGUACAAGAAGAGGAGGAUGGUGUCCUACACGAUCACCCUGGUCUUCCAGCACUACCACGCCACGUUCCUGGGCAGCCUGCGUGCCCGCCUCAUGCUCCUGCACCCCAGCCCCAACUGCAGCCUUCGGGCCGAGAGCCUGGUCCACGUGCACUUCAAGGAGGAGAUUGGCAUUGCCGAGCUCAUCCCCCUGGUGACCACCUACAUCAUCCUGUUUGCCUACAUCUACUUCUCCACACGCAAGAUCGACAUGGUCAAGUCCAAGUGGGGACUGGCCCUGGCCGCCGUGGUCACAGUGCUCAGCUCGCUGCUCAUGUCCGUGGGGCUCUGCACACUUUUUGGUCUGACACCCACACUCAAUGGCGGCGAGAUCUUCCCAUACCUGGUGGUGGUAAUCGGCUUUGAGAAUGUGCUCGUGCUCACCAAGUCAGUGGUGUCGACCCCGGUGGACCUUGAGGUGAAGCUGCGGAUCGCCCAAGGCCUGAGCAGUGAGAGCUGGUCCAUCAUGAAGAACAUGGCCACCGAGCUGGGCAUUAUCCUCAUCGGCUACUUUACCCUGGUGCCCGCCAUCCAGGAGUUUUGCCUCUUCGCAGUCGUGGGCCUGGUGUCAGACUUCUUCCUCCAGAUGCUGUUCUUCACCACUGUCCUGUCCAUCGAUAUUCGCCGCAUGGAGCUAGCGGAUCUGAACAAGCGGCUGCCCGCCGAGGCCUGCCUGCCCCCCGCCAAGCCUGUGGGGCGGCCAGCACGCUCUGAGCGGCAGCUGGCCGUGCGGCCGUCCACGCCCCACACCAUCACGCUGCAGCCGUCCUCCUUCCGGAACCUGCGGCUCCCCAAGAGGUUGCGCGUCGUCUACUUCCUGGCCCGCACCCGCCUGGCACAGCGCCUCAUCAUGGCUGGCACCGUUGUCUGGAUCGGCAUCCUGGUGUACACAGACCCUGCAGGACUGCGCACCUACUUGGCUGCCCAGGUGUCGGAGCAGAGCCCACUGGGUGAGGGCGCCCUGGCCCCUCUGCCCGUGCCUAGUGGCGUGCUGCCCGCCAGCCACCCGGACCCCGGCUUCUCCAUCUUCCCACCGGAUGCCCCAAGGCUACCUGAGAACCAGACACUGCCAGGCGAGCAGCCUGAGCCGGCGGGCCCCGCAGAGAGUGUCCUGGACGGCCCUGUCCCAGAGGUGACCUGGGGGCCCGAGGACGAGGAGCUCUGGAGGGAACUGUCCUUCCGCCACUGGCCCACGCUCUUCAGCUACUACAAUAUCACGCUGGCCAAGAGAUACAUCAGCCUGCUGCCCGUCAUCCCGGUGACGCUGCGCCUGAACCCGAGGGAGGCGCUGGAGGGGCGGCACCCCCAGGACGGCCACAGCGUCUGGGCCCCUCGUGAGCCUGCACCUGCCGGGCUCUGGGAGGCUGCAGGGACUCCGGGUCUGGGCGGGGCGCAGGCCCCCGGUGACGUCACGCUGUACAAGGUGGCGGCGCUCGGGUUGGCGGCGGGCAUCGCACUCGUGCUGCUGCUGCUGUGCCUCUACCGCGUGCUGUGCCCCCGCGACUAUGGCCAGCCUGGGGGUGGCGGCCGGCGGCGGCGCGGGGAGCUGCCGUGCGACGACUACGGGUACGCGCCGCCCGAGACGGAGAUCGUGCCGCUGGUGCUUCGCGGCCACCUCAUGGACAUCGAGUGCCUGGCCAGCGACGGUAUGCUGCUCGUGAGCAGCUGCCUGGCCGGCCACGUGUGCGUGUGGGACGCGCAGACCGGGGACUGCCUCACGCGCAUCCCGAGGCCCGGGCAGCGCCGGGACAGCGGAGGGAGCAGCGCCGAAGCCCCGGAGCGCUGGGCUCGGCUGCCCGGUGGCAGCAGGAAGGCGGGCGCCCAGGAGCCCGGGGACAGCCCCCCGCGCCGCCGCCGCCGCCGCCGCCCCCGGGGCCCGCCAGCCGCGCUCUUCGGGGACCAGCCAGACCUCAGCUGCCUCAUCGACACAGACUUCGCCGCGCUGCCAAAGCCCGCGGAGCCCGAGCCCCGGCACCGGGAAGGUUGCGGCCGUGCACGCGACGCUCCAGGUUAUGACUUCGGCCGCCUGGUGCAGCGCGCUUGCGGCGGCGAGGACCCUGCCUGCCGUCCGCCGUCGCCCGUGUCGCCCCCACCCGCCGAGGACCCCCCGCGGGACAAGGACGUCCCCCCGCUGGCCUGGGCGCCGAGCACCGAGGGCUCCAUUUGGAGCCUGGAGCUGCAGGGCGGCCUCUUCGUGCUCGGGCGGAGCAGUGGCCGGCUGGAGGUGUGGGACGCCAUCGAGGGCGAGCUGUGCUGCAGCAGCGAGGUGUCGGCCUCGGGCAUCACGGCCCUCGUCUUCCUGGACAAGAGGGUCGUGGCUGCUAGGCUAAAUGGCUCCCUGGAUUUCUUCUCCCUGGAGACGCACACGGUCCUCAGUCCGCUGCAGUUCCGAGGGACCCCAGGGCGGGGCAGCUCUCCCCCCUCUCUGCAGAGUGGCAGCGACAAGGUGCUCUGCCACCUGACCCACACUGUGCCCUGUGCACACCAGAAACCCAUCACGGCUCUGAAAGCCGCUGCCGGGCGCCUGGUGACCGGGAGCCAGGACCACACCCUGAGGGUGUUCCGUCUGGAGGACUCCUGCUGCCUCUUCACGCUGCAGGGCCACUCCGGGGCCAUCACAAGCGUCUACGUGGACCAGGCCCCUGGGCCUCUUCCCCAGACCAUGGUGCUGGCCAGUGGAGGACAGGACGGGGCCAUCUGCCUGUGGGACGUGCUGACAGGCAGCCGGGUCAGCCACAUGUUUGCUCACCGGGGGGACGUGACGUCCCUCACCUGCACUGCCUGCUGUGUCAUCAGCAGCGGCCUGGAUGACCUCAUCAGCAUCUGGGACCGCAGCACGGGCAUCAAACUGUACUCCAUUCAGCAGGACCUGGGCUGUGGUGCGAGCUUGGGAGUCAUCUCCGACAACCUGCUGGUGACUGGUGGCCAGGGGUGCGUCUCCUUCUGGGACCUGAACUACGGGGACCUGUUGCAGACCGUGUAUCUGGGGAAGAACAGCGAGGCCCAGCCUGCCCGCCAGAUCCUGGUGCUGGACAAUGCCGCCAUUGUGUGCAACUUCGGCAGCGAGCUCAGCCUGGUUUAUGUGCCCUCCGUGCUGGAGAAGCUGGACUGAGGCGGGAACAGAGUGUCUCCUGGCAGCUGCCUCUGAAUUGUCCUGCUCGCAGACUGUGAUAUUAAACUUUUUAAAAAAUGCUA